AUGCUGCAAAGAAAAGUAAACGUAUGCGUGCAAAAUGAAUCUGCCGAGGACGCCGCCAGGAGGAACUCUCUCAAUGCACGAAGAAGGGAAAGUGAAGAGCAGCGUUGUGAUCGGUUAGCACGUAUUACUGCGCAACGAGCCGCCCAGAGCAACGAGCAGCGUGCAGCAGGCCGAACAAGAAAUGCUUCCUCUACUGCAGCUGCACGAGUUUCAGAGACAGCAGCACAACGCACAGAUCAACUUACAAGAGAUGCUUCCUCCACUGCUGUUACACGAGCUGCAGAGACUGCAGCACAACGCGCAGAUCAACUUGCAAGAGAUGCUUCCUCCACUGCUGUUACAAGAGCUGCAGAGACUGCAGCACAACGCGCAGAUCAACUUGCAAGAGAUGCUUCCUCAACUGCUGCUGCACGAGCUGCUGGGACUGCAGCACAACGCGCAGAUCAACUUGCAAGAGAUGUUUCCUCAACUGCUACUGCACGAGCUGCUGGGACUGCAGCACAACGCGCAGAUCAACUUGCAAGAGAUGCUUCCUCAACUGCUGCUGCACGAGCUGCUGGGACUGCAGCACAACGCGCAGAUCAACUUGCAAGAGAUGCUUCCUCAACUGCUGCUGCACGAGCUGCUGAGACUGCAGUACAACGCGCAAUUCAACUUACAAGAGAUGCUGCAGCAACUGCUGCUGCGCGCGCUACGGAGACUACGGGGGGAAAGACAACGACUGGAGGCUACAACUCAGCGAAGGGCUGCAUGAAGUUCCUACUCAAGGCCAUGCUCCUCGCGUUGGUCAAUGACAGCAUUCAACUACGAUCCUACAAUUAA